GCCGGCCAGUUGACUGCUCUAAAUUCACCCAAUCUUGGCCCGAGCUGUCAGCAGAGUGGGCAGGGUAUUCUGGAAGUCAACAUGGUGGGACAGGUUCCUCCUCUCACAGCCCCGCCCCGGCCUAUCCGGCCCAGCAGAGGUCCCGCCUGUCCGGGGAGAGGGAGCUCCACUGCCGCUGAGGCUCUGACAGACGGCCGGGCAGACAAACUGACCUAGGAGACUAGCCAGGCGCAGGCGCUGGCUGCCGGAGCAUACAGGUGGAAGCCAGGAACUGGGCUCUAGACUCCAGCCAGACUGAGGUCUGUCGUCCUUGACACUGGCCACCACUGGGGACACCAUGAGCCAGUCAGCGUCCAUGAGCUGCUGCCCAGGAGCUGCCAACGGCAGCCUUGGCCGGUCUGAUGGUAUGCCCAAGAUGAGCGCAAAGGACUUGUUUGAGCAGAGGAAGAAGUACUCCAACUCUAACGUCAUCAUGCAUGAGACGUCGCAGUACCAUGUCCAGCACCUGGCCACAUUCAUCAUGGACAAGAGCGAGGCUAUUGCCUCAGUGGAUGAUGCCAUCCGGAAGCUGGUGCAGCUGAGCUCCAAGGAAAAGGUCUGGGCCCAGGAAGUGCUGCUGCAGGUGAACGACAAGUCACUGCGACUGCUGGACGUGGAGUCUCAGGAGGAGCUGGAGAACUUCCCGCUACCCACCGUGCAGCACAGCCAGACCGUGCUAAACCAGCUCCGCUACUCCUCCGUGCUGCUGCUCGUGUGCCAGGACUCGGACCAGAGCAAGCCAGACAUCCACUUCUUCCACUGUGAUGAGGUGGAGGCGGAGCUGGUGCAGGAGGACAUUGAGAGUGCCCUGGCUGACCACCGACUGGGGAAGAAGAUACGGCCACAGACCCUAAAGGGACACCAGGAGAAGAUCCGUCAGCGGCAGUCUAUCCUGCCUCCUCCUCAGAGCCCGGCCCCCAUUCCCUUCCAGAGACAGGCUGGAGAUUCCCCUCAGGCCAAGAACCGUGUGGGCCUGCCAUUGCCAGUGCCAUUCAGUGAGCCAGGUUAUCGCCGCAGGGAAUCCCAGGAUGAGGAGCCACGGGCCGUGCUGGCUCGGAGAAUAGAAAAGGAAACGCAAAUCCUCAACUGUGCCCUGGACGACAUCGAAUGGUUUGUGGCCCGGCUACAGAAGGCGGCUGAGGCUUUCAAGCAAUUGAGCCAGCGGAAGAAGGGGAAGAAGAAGGGCAAGAAGGCGCCAGCAGAGGGCGUCCUCACGCUUCGAGCCCGGCCCCCGUCAGAAGGAGAGUUUGUGGACUGUUUCCAGAAAACCAAGCUAGCCAUCAACUUGCUGGCGAAGCUGCAAAAGCAUAUCCAAAACCCCAGUGCAGCUGAGCUGGUGCACUUCCUCUUUGGGCCUCUGGAUCUGAUUGUCAACACCUGUGGCGGCCCAGACAUUGCGCGCUCUGUCUCCAGUCCUCUGCUGUCCACUGAAGCUGUGAGCUUCCUGCGUGGCCACCUGGUCCCCAAAGAGAUGACACUGUGGGAAUCAUUGGGGGAGACCUGGAUGAGGCCUCGCUCUGAGUGGCCCCGGGAGCCACAGGUGCCACUUUAUGUACCCAAGUUCCACAGCGGCUGGGAACCACCCCUGGACGUCCUACAGGAGGCUCCCUGGGAAGUGGAGGGACUAGCAUCUGUGCCCAGUGACCAGCUGACCCCUGCGAGGCAAGUGUCUGUACGGCACUCCCCGAAGCACAGCCUCUCUUCUGAGACCCCGGUCCCAGAAGACAUUGUACCGCCAGGCAGCGCCCCACAUACUAACAGGGGCUACCAGCCGACACCAGCCAUGGCCAAGUAUGUGAAGAUCCUCUAUGACUUCACAGCACGCAACGCCAAUGAGCUGUCCGUGCUCAAGGAUGAGGUCCUAGAGGUGCUGGAGGAUGGCCGGCAGUGGUGGAAACUGCGAAAUCGCAGUGGCCAGGCUGGCUACGUGCCCUGCAACAUCCUGGCUGAGGCGCGGCAGGAAGACGUGGGUGCCCCCUUGGAACAGUCUGGCCAGAAAUACUGGGGUCCUGCCAGUCCCACCCACAAAGUGCCCCCAAUUUUCGCAGGGAACAAAGAAGAGCUAAUCCACCAUAUGGACGAGGUCAAUGAGGAGCUCAUGAAAAAGAUCAGCCACAUCAAGGCACAGCCGCAGCGCCACUUCCGCGUGGAGCGCAGCCAGCCAGUGCACCUGCCGCUUACCUUCCAGUCAGGUCCCGACGAGGUCCGAGCCUGGCUGGAAGCCAAGGCCUUCAGUGGCAGGAUCGUGGAGAACCUGGGAAUCUUGACCGGGCCCCAGCUCUUCUCCCUCAACAAGGAGGAGCUGAAAAAGGUGUGCGGGGAAGAGGGCAGUCGCGUGUACAGCCAGCUCAUGGUUCAGAAGGCCUUCCUAGAGCAAAGUGGGUCGGAGCUGGAGGUGCUUAUGAACAAGAUUCAUACCAAGAACCAGAGGAGGGCGGAGGACAGCUAGACCAACCAGCAAACUUCGCCAGAGGCAGAGGGGAGGCUGCAUCUGUCGCAGGCCCAACCCUAAUGUAUGAUGGAGUAUUAUUUUUAUAUGUGUAUUAUUUUAUACCAAGGACACAGAUGGGCUGGGUGUAGCUGGGUCACCUGUCUCCAGGCAGGGUACUGUGCACAGGCCCAGCUACACUUGCGGGUGGCUCCUUUGCCACCCCAGCCCCAGCCCCAACCCAUACUCUCCUCUCCAAACCAGCCUCAGCCAAACCUGUAUCUGGCAGUGCCAGUCCCCGCCCCCCAACCUGCUGCCAAGGCCCCAGCACUCUGCAGGUGGACAAGGCCUCUUUCCCUGGCCUUCCUCGUGCACAUGGAGGCUCCUGUCCCUUAUGAUGCUGGGCCCCAACUCCACACAACUCCCUUGUGUUGCUUGCUUCUACAUCCUCCUGCCCCUGCAUCCACUGUGCACGAACUGCAGGAUGGGCCUGAGCUCCCAGCUGGCCAGCUUGAUGACCUUGCCCACUCCCUUGCCCACGCUGCUAGCACCCCAAGAACAGCCUGGUCAGGGGCUCCGGGACAGGAGGCCUUGGGUGCCCUGCUGGUAUAGAGUAUGUUGUAUUCUUUACUCUUUCAUGAUCUAAGCAUGGACUAGACAUAGGUACUGACUUCAGAUGUCCUAUCCCACCUAAACAGCCCGGGUCAACAACUGUCUCUGCUGGCUGUGUCCGCCAGCCUUCGUGCUGGUGGCUGGUGAGUUUCCCAGCACUGGCUGGAGACUCAGAACCACAGAUGAGAGUGGGGACUCCACAGCUAUGUCAAUAAACCAGUUGUCUCCUAGCAACUUACAUGUCUGUCUCUUGGCGUAGCAGUGCUCUGUCCUUAGUCUUCAAACUGACUCCUCUUCUUCCUCCUCUUUUUCUUCUGAGAUAGUACAUUGGCCUUGAACUUUGAGCCAUCCCCCCACAGCCUCCUGUGCUGGGAUUCCUCGUGUGUAUCACCUAGCUUGGCCAUGCCCCUUCAAAGAGCUGUCCAGCAGAAAGCAGCCCGUUCACAGGUGGUGCUGUGGUCAUGCCAGGGGACAUCUCUCACCUCCACACCCAUCCAAAAUAGCCCUAGGGAUAUUUCUGGGAGAGACUCCAGAGGGUGUCUAGAUGGCCUGAAGCCUUCCAUCAGCUGGCUUUCAAGGAGCCCAUUCUGAAUAGAAGCGAAGUCCAACAGACCCGGGAGCAUGAGCCAGAGGGGAGGUAGAGGCACAGUUUAGAGAUGAGGGGGAUGUCAAAAGAGGGCUUGGGCCUGAAAGACCCCACUGACAAGUUAUCAGGGGGCACUUCAAAGGCACCUGCCUAACCGGCCAGAGACUCACCUUUGGAGCAGGCCUUUGGUGCCAUCUGCUGGCUACUGUUUAUGCAUCUCGGGUGAGGGCUAGAUACCUUGCACCUGGUUUGGGUGGGGACUGUCUUGCAUUCUAAUAUUGCAGGCGAACCAAAUCCUGGUGAGGGUCAUCUGAGUCCUCAAUGUACUGUGCAGAGUGAGCUGCACAGACUCUGUUCUUCAGCUAAUCCACCACCCAGCCAGGCUUGGCCCCCAGCUCUCAGACCCUCCAGCCUCCCAGCUCAGACAAGUCCAUGGCCCAGUCUUUCCAACAGUCUUCGCUCCAAGAUGGUAAGGGGUCUCCAGAUCCUGUAUCUGCCUCCUCAGCUAGCUCUACUUCCACCUCCCUGAGGCACCUCUUCUCAGACACUUAAUGCUGCGGCCAGAGAGCUGAAGAGGCCCCAGACCAAUAAAGCAGUCUCCCCUAUCCCAGAAGCUGCCAGAUCCUCACUCCCAUGUGCGCUGGCCCCAACUGGACAGUAGGCUCAGGCUGCUGGGUUCUCAGGAGUUGUCCCUGCUUCUCUCAAGGGCCUUUCACCACCUCUAGAACCUUUAAAACAGAGAGAGCUAGGUGUGGUGGCACACACCAUUAAUCUCAGUAAUUAGGAAAUAGAGGCAGGAGGAUUUCUGAUCUACACAGCAAGUUCCA